AUGGCUGUAGGCGUGGCCACGUUAGAAUCAACAUCGCCACCGGUCAGUGUCCGGCGGCAUCGUUCGACUACUGUGCCAAUAAAUUACGCUGGACACGGACAGGUACUGUCCACCGCCAGACAUCGGUGCCGUGUUCUGUUUCUGACUCGGCUGGAGCCAGGCUGGCUGGCGCUCUCCAUUCGAUCACAGAACAUGGGACCUAAAUUAAAAUUCAAAAUGCAAGAUAUAUGA